UAAUUUAGGGCAUCUAAAGAAGUUACUAUAUUAAAAAAAAAGUUAAAAACAAAUAAUGUUUUUUUUUUAAGGGAGGUAUACCGUUACCGCAACAAUUGAAAUAUUUUGAACAGUAUAUAGCGAAACUGAAGGCAAUGGUUGGAGAAGAGAGGACACAGUUCAUAAUUAAGAAUAGCUUGUUCGUUGUUAUAUGUGGUAGUAACGAUAUCGCCAACGACUUCUUUGCUCUCCCUCCGGUUCAGCUCCAUUACACCGUCGCUUCUUUCACCGCUCUUAUGGCCGACAACGCUCGCUCGUUUGCUCAGACACUCUAUGGAUAUGGAGCUAGAAGAAUACUUGUAUUUGGUGCACCACCAAUAGGAUGUGUACCUUCACAGAGAACCGUAGCAGGAGGACCUACAAGAGAUUGUGUUGCAAGGUUUAAUGAUGCAUCAAAACUUUUCAACUCUAAGCUCUCAGCAAAUAUUGAUGCCUUGUCAACAACUCUACAAGACCCGACAAUAAUCUAUAUUGACAUCUACAGUCCUCUUCUUGAUCUCAUUUUAAGCCCUCAACAAUAUGGAUUUAAGGUGGGCGAUAAAGGAUGUUGCGGAACCGGCCUAAUAGAAGUUACUGCGCUUUGCAACAACUAUACAGCUGCUGUGUGUCCCAUAAGAUCUGAUUAUGUGUUUUGGGACAGUUUUCAUCCCACUGAAAAAGCUUACAGAAUUAUAGUUGCAAAACUUUUUGAUAAAUAUUUCGACAGAUUCUUCUAAUCGAUAUAUCUUCUAUUCGCAUUAAUUAUGGUCGAUACAGUAUUGAAUAAUCAUUCCAAUUAGAAGAGAAAUUACACUCUUGUCAGCUUUCUCUUCCUCAAGGCUUUAUAAUUGUCUCAUAUAUGAUAUUUGAUUGUUAUAUAUACAAGAUUCAUGUAUAUUUCUGUAUGAUUAUAAUUUUGCUAGGAAACUCGGCUAUUUUGUUCUUUUUCCAUUUUCUGGAAUAAUAGUACCAACCAA